GAAAAAAGAAAAAGAAAAAAAGAAGUCCAAAUCACUGGGCCACAGAGAAAGAGAAAGAAGAGUGCGAGAGAAAUAUAUAUGUAGACAAUAGACGGGUACCGAAAGAGUGCACUCCUCGUUUCUUGAUUUCUUCAUGCUUUCCCCAACCUAGUGUGGCUAUGCUCGUAGAAAAACAAGAGGAAUAGUCAGGCAAGGAAAAACAUAUAGCCAUCUUCUCAAGUCACAAAACUAGCUUGCCUCGCUUUUAGCUCUGCAUACACUGUCUACAAUGGCUCAGACUCAUGUGAACCACAGAGCUGUAGCAAUAUCAACAACAGCAGCAGCAUGGUUUUUGUUUUGGAGCCUAGUCGUGAUGAGCAGUGUUGGUUCUGCUGAGAGAAACUUGAGAGAUAAAGAGACAGAAAAUUUUGAGAAAGAAGUAAGAGAAGGAUUUCUACUUAGAACGGUUCAUUUCCUCUGGCAGAGUGGGAAAUCUUCUUAUGAACAUGUUUGGCCGGAAAUGGAAUUCAGUUGGAAAAUCAUAGUAGGAUCAAUUGUAGGAUUCUUUGGCGCAGCAUUGGGUAGCGUUGGAGGGGUCGGAGGUGGUGGAAUUUUCGUCCCAAUGCUCACCUUGAUCAUUGGUUUCGACCCCAAGUCUUCCACUGCCAUCUCCAAGUGUAUGAUCAUGGGUGCAGCAGGAUCAACAGUUUACUACAACAUGAGACUUAGACACCCAACACUGGACAUGCCCCUAAUAGAUUAUGACCUGGCGUUGCUCUUUCAGCCCAUGCUUAUGCUAGGAAUCAGCAUUGGAGUUGCCUUCAAUGUCAUGUUUGCUGAUUGGAUGGUCACAGUUUUGCUUAUCAUCCUAUUCAUUGGUACAUCAACAAAAGCUUUAUUCAAAGGCAUAGAGACAUGGAAGAAAGAGACAAUGAUGAAGAAGGAAGCAGCCAAGCUGUUGGAAUCAGAGUCGAAACCUGGUGACGGUUCUGGAGAAGAAUACAAAGCAUUACCAAGUGGUCCUGCUGAUGCACAGGAUGAGGAGGUUCCUCUACUACGCAACAUAUACUGGAAAGAAUUAUCACUGCUUGUGUAUGUUUGGGUGGCUUUCCUUAUUGUUCAGAUUAUUAAGACAUAUACUGUGACCUGCUCCAUCAAGUACUGGAUUCUGAACUCCUUGCAGGUACCAAUUGCUGCCUCAGUCACAAUUUUUGAAGGCAUAUGCUUAUACAAAGGGACCAGGGUGAUUGCAUCUAAGGGAAAGGAAAUCACAAACUGGAAGGUGCAUCAGCUUUUUCUUUACUGCAGCUGUGGUAUAGUAGCUGGCAUGGUAGGUGGACUGCUUGGGCUGGGAGGUGGCUUUAUCUUGGGACCCCUUUUUCUUGAAUUGGGAAUUCCUCCUCAGGUAGCAAGCGCGACUUCCACCUUCGCAAUGGUAUUUUCAUCCUCCAUGUCAGUUGUACAGUAUUACCUUCUCAACCGUUUCCCAGUUCCAUACGCUGCUUUUUUUGUUUUAAUUGCAACUAUUGCUGCCUUUACCGGUCAGCAUGUAGUGAGAAAGAUAAUUGCAUUCCUCGGCAGGACAUCAAUAAUCAUUUUCAUACUAGCUCUGACAAUCUUUGUGAGCGCUAUCAGCUUAGGUGGGGUGGGCAUAGCAAACAUGGUUGAGAAGAUGGCAAAUCAAGAGUAUAUGGGUUUUGAAAAUCUCUGUCACGAGUCUUAAGUAUGUUGUUGAAUUCUCAACAGAGGGCACCUAUAUCCACACUACAUUCAGCUUUACAAAGUCGCCUUUUUUCCCAUUUGGCUUCAAGCAAAGAUCAUGGAUUGUCUAUGUUACUAGAUGUUCAAUUCAUUAAAUCAGUCUCUCGUGAAACUUCACCAUCAUGUCUUACUACUCUAGAUUAUUAAAAAUUCUUCCACCAAAAGCAUGCCCAUGAUCCAAGAAUUCUGUAAGCUCACCAUUGAGCACAAUAAUAUGAAAUGCCAAUGUUUUACAUUAUUGUUA